AUGGAACUGUCGGAUGAUCUUGCUUCGGCUGUGAGGAAAUCAUGGUCCGAAUCAGCACCUCCAGAGGGGACGGAUUCCCCAAUCAGCACACCUCGUGGCACGCCAAAAAGCUCAACUCGAGAUUCAAUGUCUGCAGAAACUGAUUUUCCGGUGGACUAUCAGCUUUUGAAGCACCACUAUGCGAUCUCAGACGACGGCAAAAAGCCCAGUCUUCAAGAAGGAUUCUACGAUGUAUUAGGGGAGCUAGAAUUCGCCAGCGCUGACGUUAGGCCUCAAAAUAUACGCAGAAGGUCCAUAGAGGAAGUGUCCAAAAUACGGCAAUGGUUAAAUCCUCGUAGCUCUUUUUCAGGUGUCUCCAAAGACGAGCCCGACGUCGAGCCCUACUCUUACGCUCAUAAGUGCUGGGUCACUGUGAUCGAAUCACAGGACGACUACUGGCCCAUUUUGGUUUUAAGACAUUCACUGAUGAUGAGCGGAUCGCACUACAAGCUUCAAGUGUUAUAUUCCGAUAACACGCACAGCAUAGCGUCUCAGUUGGCGCAAAGUGGUGUGGAAAUUAUCAAGGCCAACGAAAUAUCACCAAUUUUGAUGUCCUCGGCUAGUCUAGCUGACCAAAACAGACUUACGCAGCUUACGCCGUCUUCCAAGUGGUGCAAGUUACUCCCAUUCGUUUCGCUGGCGAACGUUUAUGAUUUGGUGUGCUACUUGUCACCGCGGUCCCUAGUUUUGUCGAACAUUGACGAGCUUCUAGAUUCUGAGAUCGUGUCCGCGGAGAUUGACAAUGAGACUUGUGUCUUGCUUUCAAAUUGCAUGCAAUCUCCGCCCACGGUGAUAGUUCUGCGGCCUAACAAGGAAAUCGAUGCUUGCAUUCGGGAAUACAUGACAGUAUACCUGAACGCGGAAAAUAAUGGAAAGUGGGCCAAGCUGCAAGAGUCCGACGGUUCAGUUGUACUGAAUGAAUUGUUUGAAGAAUUGUGGGGCAUUGUGGCCUCGGAAUACUGCUAUCGAGGCUCAGAAAAUGUGCCCGCGCAGGCCAAGAUAGUUGAGUGCACUACAACACAACCCUGGAAUGCGACUGAUGAAAUAAGCUUACUUUGGGGCAAAGCUUAUAGGCAACUUAGCCAAUAA